AUCGUGGUGAACAUGGCGGAGCACAAGGCUGUGCCCAGCGAUUUGUACAAAUGUGUGUACUCCUUUCUGUUGGAGAACAAGUUCACCAAGGCGGCUCAACAGUUUGUCAAGCAGAUUAUAGUGAGUCCUCAGGAUCCAAAUGAAGAGUCUCUUCUCAACAUCUAUGACUUCUGGGUGAAAUCACCUAAAGCUCGGAAACGCAAAGCGAUUUCUGCCAAGACUGAAGCUGCUGGCUCAUUAGCCAAGAAGGCAAAAGCUAGUAGAGAGAGCUCCAGCAGUGAGGAGGAUGAAGCUGAUGCCAAACCCAAGAAGGCUACGCCUGCUGUCAAAGCAGCACCUGUUAAGGCAUCGGCUGCAAAACCUGCAGCUACAAAAGCUUCAUCUAGUAGCAGUGAAGAAUCAAGUGACUCCGAAGAAGAGAAGACUCCUGCCAAGGCUCCCGUAAAGCCUACAGCAACUGCGAGUGGCGCAAGAAAGAAAGACAGCAGCUCUAGCAGUGAGGAAUCAGACUCUGAAGAGGAGCAGGCCACCAAAGUGCCAUCGAAGCCAGUUACCACCGCCAAGCCCAAAGCUCCUAUUCCCGCUGCAGGAACGGCUAAGAAAAAAGAAGAGAGCAGCAGUGAAGAAAGUUCCUCGGAGGACGAGGAACCGUCCAAGGCUCCAGUGAAACGUGCCCAAGUGAAAACUGUUGCUGCAGCUGCCGAGUCGAGCAGUGAAGACUCCUCAUCUGAAGAUGAGGCUCCGCCUAGCAAAAAAUCCAAAUCAGGAACGUACAGUGCAGUCCCACCUCCUGCUUCAAUUCAGAAAGCUGCAUCAGCAGUCAGUAAAGCCAAGGACGACGACUCAGACAGCAGUGAUGACAGCAGUGACGAGGAUGAAGGGAAGAAAGUAGCUUCUAAACCUGCACCCAUGAAGAAGACUGUGCCUACUAAAACUGGUUUGAAGAAGCCUGCAGCAAAGAAAGAGUCCAGUUCUGAGAGCUCAGAUUCCAGUUCAGAUGAAGAGGAGACCAAGAAGCCUGCAGCCAAGGUCACACCAGCUAAAGCAGCCCCAGUCAAACAAACUCCGGCAAAAAAAGACGAUUCCUCAAGCUCAGACAGCAGCUCAGAAGAUGAAGCUCCUGCAAAGCCUGCCACUAAACCUGCUGCACCAUCAACUGCUUCAAAAGCGCCAGCUGAGAGCAGCUCUGACAGCAGUUCAGACUCUGACUCCUCAUCGGAUGAUGAACCAGUUAAAGGAAAGCCUGCACCGGCGGCUAAGCCUGCACCGGCGGCUAAGCCUGCACCGGCGGCUAAGCCUGCACCGGCGGCUAAGCCUGCACCGGCGGCUAAGCCUGCACCGGCGGCUAAGCCUGCCCCGGCGGCUAAGCCUGCCCCGGCGGCUAAGCCUGCCCCGGCGGCUAAGCCUGCCCCGGCGGCUAAGCCUGCCCCGGCGGCUAAGCCUGCCCCGGCGGCUAAGCCUGCCCCGGCGGCUAAGCCUGCCCCGGCGGCUAAGCCUGCAACUCCCGCCGCUAAGGCUGCAACUCCCGCCGCUAAGGCUGCUGCAGCGGCAGCAGCUGAAAGCAGUUCAGACUCCGACUCCUCAUCUGAGGAUGAAGAACCUGCAAAGGCCAAGGCACCACCAACUAAACCUGCUAAACUUGUCACCCCUGCUGCAAAGGCCACUGCUCCAGCAAAGACUGCAACUCUCACAAAGACUGCUGCAGCGGAAAGCAGCUCAGACUCAGACUCAGACUCCUCAUCUGAAAAUGAAGAGCCAGUGAAAGCAAAGCCUGCAAACACAAAAUCUUCAACGCCAGCUUCAAAAGCUGCUACUCCUGUUGCAACAGCUGCUAAAGCAAAAGCAGCAGCAAAAAGCAGCUCUGAGUUGGACUCCUCAUCUGAAGAUGAAGAACCUACAAAAGCCAAGGCACCUCCAAGUAAACCUUCCACCCCUGCUGCUAAGGCUGCAACCCCAGCAAAGGCUGCAGCAGCAGAAAGCAGCUCUAACUCAGAUUCCUCAUCUGAAGAUGAAAAACCAUUCAAAGCAAAACCAACACCUGCUAAACCUGCCACCCCAGCUUCGAAGGCUGUCACCCCGGCAGCAAAAGCUGCUCCUCCGGCAAAGGCAGUGGCAACAAGCAGCUCUGAGUCAGACUCUUCAUCAGAGGAUGAAGAACCUGCUAAAGCUAAACCAGCGACGAGUAAGCCUGCCACUCCUGCCGCAAAGGCAGUUGCUGAAGAAAGCAGUUCUGACUCUGACUCCUCAUCUGAAGAUGAGACAGUGAAAGCAAAUCCAGCAAAGGCAAAACCUGCCACCGCUGCUUCCAAGGUGACCACACCUGCUUCCAAGGCGGCCACCCCUGCUUCCAAGGCUGCAACUCCUGCAGCAAAAAGCAGCUCGGAGUCUGACUCCUCGUCCGAGGAAGAGGACGAACCUCCUAAAGCCAAGACAGCUGCAACUAAAGCAGCUGUUUCUGCAGCAAAGACCGCAGGAGCCAAUGCAGAGAGCAGUUCGGACUCAGACUCUUCUGAGGAAGAAGCCCAAGCCAAGGCUAAACCUGUGGUCAAAAAAACUGUAGCACCUAAAGUGGCCAAGAAACCUGCCAGGAAGGCAGCAGUGGUAGCUAAAGCUGCAGCUUCAAAAGCACCUGCAGCAAAGAAGGCCAAGAAGAGUAGCUCCGACUCGUCCGACAGCUCGGACUCUGAGACGCAGACCAAGAACACCCCUGCCGAGGCUGCCGUCGCCAAUGGCAACGCUUCUAAAGCUGGGUCGGCUAAACCUGCAGAGUCAUCAUCCAGUGACAGCAAUUCAGAGGAAGAGGCUGCUGGGAAAAGUACUAUUAAAACUUCUAACCCUGCGGUAGCCAACAAGGUGACUAAAGCUAAAGACAGCAGCAGCUCCUCAGACAGCACAGAUGAUGACGAUGAGGCAUCGGCAAAAGCUGCCACUACGCGCAAUGCCAAUGGCACCAAUGGCAAGCAAAAGAAUGAAAAGUCAUCAGAAAGUGAAAAAGAAGCAAUGCAAACAAAAACUCCAAAAAGGAAAAAAGCAGCAACUACACCACAAACCUUUCCGAAAGACAACAAGUCUUCUCACGUACCUUUCCGAAGAAUAAGGGAGGAAGAUGUUGAUGUGGAUCCCCGCCUUGCAGACAACUCUUUUGACGCCAAGAGGGGCUCCAAUGGCGACUGGGGCCAGAAAGCGAACGACGUUCUCCGUUUUACCAAAGGCAAAUCAUUUCGCCACGAAAAGACGAAGAAGAAGAGGGGAAGCUACCGGGGCGGCGCCAUCAACACCUCGGUCAACUCGAUUAAAUUUGACAGUGACUGAGGAGCCCGCCCUCACCUGCCCCCCCACCCGCCCCCUCACCUGAACUCUACAGAACUUGUGUGAUGAGGACCUUCUAAAAAAGUUGGUACUUUGACAGAUACCAUUUAGUAUGAAAGUAACACUUGAUGGGAUUCGUGGUGAAACACACAAGGCGCCCAAUGACGGCUUAUAGCCACAUGCUGGUUUAAGGCCAUCGGGCUACAAUUAAGUACAGCCAUCAAACCUAUCAUGAUUCUUUAUUUUUAGGUUUUUCCAUAAAUGAAUUACAGCCAUCCAACCCAUCACUGGUUUUUCAAUUGAUUGUAUACAUUUGUCAGUCUAUAAUGUGAACAUUGGAGAGGGUUUGUACUCCCUAGUUUUUCCUUAAAUAUGCUGUGGAGGAAUUACGUUUUAGGGUGUGUAUUAAUAUUCCUUGCAUUUUAUUCAAUUUCAAUAAUUAGGAGUUGAUGUAUCGUCAAUGUUCCUUACAAACCAUGUUGCAUUGAAACAUGUAAAUGUUAAAAUUCAGCCAUUCACUGCUCCUGUUUUUGGUAGAAAUGUUUGUCUCCAAUUAGUUGAUCUCUUUUCUGUCGGGAUUUACCUUUCUAAAUACUUUUUUUUUUAUUAUUAUUAUUAUUUUGUUGGGUCAUUAACCCUAACGGCAAUUAAAAGAUUAACAAUAUUGUCAAAACCAGUAGUGUAGUUUUGUUCGGUUGCCACCAGGUGGCACACUAUUCAGUUAAUUUAAAACAUUGCUUUCACGUUUGAUAUUUCUAGAUUGUCUUAAUUUCUCUCUGAACAAUAAAACACAAAUGGUCAUUCACGCUUGAAC